AUGGGAGAACAAUCUGUUCCUGGUUCGUCUACAUCUCUUAGGAAUUCUAUUUCCUUUGCAGACAUGGUCAAAGGGUGUGCGGCUUGGAAUUUCAGUCUCAGUGGUAGACUGGAUUUUAGGGUUUCUCGCUUUACUGAUGUUAAGAAAUCUUUGGAAGACCAAUGGAGUUUAGGUCCAGGAAGGGUCAAGUUUACGCCUAUGAAUAAGGGUUUCUUUAUUAUCAAGUUUUCAACUGAGGAAGAUAAACUAAAAAUCCGUGAGAAAACAUGGAAAAUCGAUCAACAAGAGUUACAUCUUCAUGACUGGUUUCCAUGGUUUGAUCCGGAUAAAGAAAGUUCUUCUCAUGCUGUUGUUUGGGUUAAUUUUCCUGGCUUAUAUGUUGAAUUGUGGACGGAAAAAGUGUUGUUAUCUCUUGGAAAAAACCUAGGCACUCCCAUUAUGGUAGAUAAGAAGACCUUGAAUCAUGAGUAUGGUUGUUAUGCAGCUGUUUUAAUUGAUAUUGAUUUCGCAAAGAAAGUUCCAGAUUCCAUUCAUGUAACAGUGGAUGGAAGAAGUUUCGAUCAGUUUGUUGAACUUCAAAAAAUUCCUAAAUUUUGCUCAUGUUGCAGAAUUGUGGGUCAUGUUGAAUCUGAUUGUAGGAGAAAAACUAAGAAGAAUCCUUUGGAUAAUCCUACUAAAAGUAAUCUGAAGUGGCAUCCAGUUAACAAGACGAUGCAAGAAUCUAAGGUGCCUGAAGAUACUAAUGUGCUGGGAGUUAAUCAGAAUUUUGUUGAUCACCAAAGAGAUGAUCCAAGAUGA